UGCUAUAAUAAUGAUGAUCGGUCAAUAUUAUCGUCACCAUCAUCAGCCAUCCAAACACCCCCUAUCAACCCUAGUUGCGAGCACCAAACCCUAAACGUCAAAAUUCAACCACCGCUCUGCAGAUUCUUCCUUCAGGAGAUCGAUUCUAACGAAGAUUUGAACUCCUAUAAACAAUGACUGCUGAGGGGGCCUCUGAUUCUUCGGGUCCUCGUUAUGCUCCACCUGAUCCAACUUUGCCUGAACCCUGGAAGGGUUUAAUCGAUGGGAGCUCAGGUGUGAUGUACUAUUGGAACCCUGAAACUAACAUCACUCAGUAUGAGAAACCUACUGCUGUGCCGCCACCGGUGCCAUCAGGCCCACCUUCUGUGCCCUCUGCAUCUAAACCCGUGUCUGCACCGGGUACUAUGUCAGAACAGCCAAAUGGUAUUCCUGGUCAACAAGCACCUCAAAUGUUUUCUACACCAGAACAAAUGCCACCUCAGCAAGGUAAUAACAUACCUCAAUCAUACCAGAGUAUUAAUAUGGAACAGUCACAGGGCUACCAGUAUACACAUAAUCAACCGAUGCAUUACAUGGGGUACCAACAGAGGCCACCCAAUAUGAUGCAGCCACCUCAGCAUUCACAUGUUCAAAAUCAACCUUCAGAUGUUAAUUCCGUUCAAGCACCCCCUACACAAUAUGGUGGCUCUCAGUUCAACAUGCAACAACCAUCGCCAUUUGGUCAGUUGCAGCAGAGCGGUGUUGACUAUCAGCAACAUGGACCAAAUUUUCAGAAUCAAAUGGGUCAGCAGCCAAAUGUUCCACCGGUAGGAUCGAAUAUGAGCUUUGCGGAUAAUCUACCUGGAAGAGGUGGGAAUGAUCAGUAUUUUAAUGCUAAAAAUGGUGUGCCUGCUAUGUCCCCUCAUCAACCCAAGCUUGCAGCAAUUCCAAUGGCAAGAACUCAGCCUGGUGGACCCACCUCGCAUAACAUGUAUGGGCAAGCUACUGGCGGCCCCCCAUAUAUGAAUAACUCUAUGAUGAUGGCAAAUCCAGCAGUAAUGGGCCCUCCAGAUGCUAUGGCUCUAUCAUCUGUUGAAGUUUACCGUAAAAAACAUGACGUCACAGCAACGGGUGAUAAUGUUCCAGCUCCAUUCAUGUCAUUUGAGUCCACUGGAUUCCCUCCAGAGUUAUUGAGAGAGAUAUAUGCUGCUGGUUUUGCUUCGCCUACACCUAUUCAAGCACAAACAUGGCCUAUUGCUCUACAAAACAGGGACAUAGUGGCAAUUGCAAAGACAGGUUCUGGUAAAACGUUAGGCUAUCUGAUUCCUGCGUUCAUGCUGCUUAGACAUUGUAACAACAAUCCCCAAAAUGGGCCCACAGUCGUUGUUUUAGCUCCCACUAGAGAACUUGCUACUCAAAUACAAGAUGAGGCCAUCAAGUUUGGCCGAUCCAUCAGAAUCUCUUGCACAUGUUUGUAUGGUGGGGCUCCUAAGGGACCACAACUGAAGGAAUUAGAACGAGGAGCGGAUAUUGUGGUAGCAACUCCGGGUCGACUAAAUGAUAUACUUGAAAUGAGGAAGGUUGACUUUCGUCAAGUUUCUCUUCUUGUGCUUGAUGAGGCUGAUAGAAUGCUUGAUAUGGGUUUCGAACCUCAAAUAAGGAAGAUUGUUAAUGAAAUACCUCCUCGAAGGCAGACGCUAAUGUAUACUGCCACUUGGCCCAAAGAAGUGAGGAAAAUAGCUGGUGAUCUUCUGGUCAAUCCUGUUCAGGUCAACAUUGGCAAUGCAGAUGAGCUUGCUGCAAACAAGUCUAUUACACAGUAUGUGGAAGUGGUCCCUCAAAUGGAGAAGCAGAGGCGUGUGGAGCAGAUUCUGAGAUCUGAAGAAAGGGGUUCCAAAAUUAUUAUUUUCUGUUCAACUAAAAAAUUAUGUGAUCAGCUUACACGUAGUAUUAGUCGUAAUUUCGGGGCUGCUGCCAUUCACGGAGACAAGUCUCAGGGUGAGCGAGACUUUGUUCUCAAUCAGUUCCGUUCUGGAAAGUCCCCGAUAUUAGUUGCUACUGAUGUUGCUGCACGUGGCCUUGACAUCAAGGACGUCAGGGUGGUGAUUAAUUAUGAUUUCCCGAACGGUGUGGAGGACUAUGUCCACCGAAUAGGGCGGACGGGAAGGGCAGGGGCAAAAGGGGUGGCUUACACUUUCUUUUCUGAACAGGAUUGGAAACACGCUGCUGAUCUUAUUAAAGUUCUCGAGGGAGCUAAUCAGCCUGUGCCAAAUCAGGUGCGAGAGAUUGCGACACGUGGGGCGCCUGGAUUUGGGAAGGACCGGGGUGGAAUGAGCCGCUUUGAUUCUGGAGGUGGUGGCGGGCGCUGGGAUUCUAGUGGUGGUCGUGGUGGCAUGAGGGAUGGUGGUUUUAGGGGUCGUGGUUUUGAUUCAAGGGAUGGGGGUUUUGGUGGCCGUGGUGGUGGUGGUGUUCCUGGUGGAGGUGACAUGCGGGAUGGUAGAUUUGGUGGCCCAAGGGAUGAUGGUUUAAGUGGUCGUGGUGGCUUUGGAGGUAGAGGUGGCCAGAGGGAUGAUGGGUUUGGUGGUCGUGGUGGAAUGAGAGAUGGUGGCAACUUUGGAGGUCGCGGUGGAGGGAGGGACGGCAACUUUGGAGGUCGCGGUGGAGGGAGGGACGGCAACUUUGGAGGUCGCAGUGGAGGGAGGGACGGCAACUUUGGAGGUCGUGGUGGACCUAGAGGUGUUGGUUUUGGUGGGCCGGAUGGCGGUUGGGAUAGGAAUGAUAGAUUCAAGGAUUCCCGUGGUGGGCGUGGCAGAGGGCGAUUUGAUAACAGAAGAGAUGGUGAUCGUAGCAGGGGAAGAAGCUAUAGCCGAAGCCGAAGCCGGAGCAGGAGUUACAGCCGGAGCCGGAGCCGUAGCUGGUCACGCAGCCGGAGCCGUAGCCGUAGUUGGUCACGCAGCCGGAGCAGGAGUCGCACACCUGUAAGGCGCGAAAGACGGCGUGAAUCUAAAUUUGAUCAGAAAGCACCAGACGUGCCUGUUGCUGGUCUAAAUUCUGAACCGGGGGUCAUGCAACAGCCUGAGAGUAGCGUUGCGGUAAAUCAAAUUGCGGAACCGUAAACGAUACACUGUAAGUUUAUUUAUUUUUCUGCUGCUGAAGAUUAGACAUCAGGUAUGGCUAGGCUCUCUCUGGGUGUCAUUUUUGUCGACUGGUUGGUUUGAAAUGUUAUUUUACGUUUAAAUAUAGAAUUUCAUUUUUAUAUUCAUCAGAAGAUAAUACUUGAUUAGGAGAGUUGUUGUGUAUGAUUUAACUGUUUGUUUUCACCCAUAAGCAUUAGUUCAAUUCAA